GCAAAGAGGUUGUUGCGCCCAGCCGACUCUUUUUUGGGAAAAAGAAGAAAAGAAAGGAAAGAAACGUAUCCACCAGUCCCGUCACUUCCACCACCUCAAAAAUCAAACCAAAGAAGGAGAAGAACAAGAACAACAUCUCGUAGCAGAAGAACCACCAUUCUCUUAAGGCGGUGGCGGGUUCAAGAUCGAUGCUGAAGAUCAAAAGGGUUCCGACCGUUGUUUCGAAUUACCAGGAGGACAAUAUUUCGGAGAGCGCCUCGGGGUGCGGCCGGAAUUGCCUGGGAAAGUGCUGCUUACCUGUUUCAAGACUUUCGCUAUAUGCAUUCAAGAUACAAACAGAGGAUCCUAUUAAAGAUGGCAAUGUUAACUCGUCUGAGGAACAACCUCCAAUAUCUUUCCUCCACAAUUUGUUGCUUGGACAGUGGGAGGAUCGAAUGAGCCGAGGCCUUUUUCGCUAUGACGUAACUACCUGUGAGACAAAGAUUCUCCAUUGCAAAUACGGAUUCAUUGCCCAGCUGAAUGAAGGACGCCACCAGAAGAAACGACCCACUGAGUUUAGGGUUGACCGGGUUCUUCAUCCUUUUGAUGACAAUAAAUUCAAUUUCACCAAAGUUGGCCAAGAAGAGGUGCUUUUCAGGUUUGAACCAAACAAUGACAAGAGCUACUUCUGCCCCAGCUCAGAAGUAGCUUCAGAUUUGCAGUCCCCUAGUGUUGUUGUCAUCAAUGUGAGCCCAAUUGAGUAUGGGCAUGUUCUUCUUAUACCCCGUGUUCUCAACUGCUUAUCACAAAGGAUUGAUCCUGAAAGCUUCUUGCUUGCUCUUCAUCUGGCUAAAGAAGCUGCAGAUCCCUUCUUCAGAGUGGGUUACAACAGUUUGGGUGCUUUUGCUACUAUUAACCACCUGCACUUCCAAGCGUACUACUUGGCAGUGUCCUUCCCAGUUGAGAAAGCUCCAAGUCAAAGGAUACUUGCUAAGAAGGGGCUGCAUAACAAAGGAGUGAUUGUUUCGCAGCUCUUGUAUUAUCCAGUGCGAGGUCUUGUUUUUGAGGGUGGAAAUACGAUAAGGGAUUUGUCUGAUGUAGUAGCUAGUUCUUGCAUUUGCUUGCAGAACAACAACAUCCCUUUCAACAUUCUCAUCUCUGAUUGUGGGAAAAGAAUCUUUCUCUUCCCUCAGUGUUUCGCAGAGAAACAAGCACUUGGAGAAGUAAGCCAGGAUAUCUUAGACACUCAGGUAAACCCUGCCGUGUGGGAAAUCAGCGGACACAUAGUGCUGAAGCGAAGGAAGGAUUUUGAUGAUGCAUCCGAGGCAUAUGCAUGGAGACUUCUUUCUGAGGUUUCUUUAUCAGAAGACAGGUUCCAAGAGGUGAAGGCUUGUAUACUUGAAGCAGCAGGCUUGCAGGAAGCAAAUGUUGAGAAUACCUUAAACAAGGAAGAAUCUCUUUACAAGCCGCCUGCUGGUCGAGCUGCCCCGCAUUUACCUCGGGAUUGUCUAGUCCAUCAAUGAAGGGGAGGCUGAGGAUAAAGGUAUUCUCUUUAGCAGGCUAUUUCCAAUGAAAUGUUGCAGCAGCUUCGGAUAGGAAGAAAGGAAUCACCGUAAUCUGCGAUUGCAGUCGGAUGGAUGUCUACGAGUUUUUCAUAGUUGGACAGUACUAUUGCUACAUGUUUUAGCACAUAUUCAACAGGAAAUUGUGUUGAAUUCUUAAAAUUUUGGGUUUUAUAGCAUUUUUUACAACCAUCAGAUGUCUAGUCAUGUCGUCUCCUGAUCAGUGAUCAGCAGCAUAAUAAAUCUUCUUGUAACGAUUUUUUGUUGCUAGUCUCUGCAAGAUAGUAAUUAAUUACUU